AUGCGCCGCAAGCUUGCCGCUUGCUGCGCCCUAAACACUGGCUUCGUGACGAUACCUGUGCAGUCUGCUCCCGCCGUGGUCAGCGAGACCGCGCCACCGGGUGCCAUUUUCGCGGCACCCGCCAUGCAGGCCCCCGCCACGACGACAAUCGGCGAGCCGGUGUACCUGCCACCCAUCACCGCCCCGGCCGAGUCUGCUCCCGCCGUGGUCAGCGAGACCGCGCCACCGGGUGCCAUUUUCGCGGCACCCGCCAUGCAGGCCCCCGCCACGACGACAAUCGGCGAGCCGGUGUACCUGCCACCCAUCACCGCCCCGGCCGAGGGCGCUCCUCAGACGAUCAGCGCCAUGCCACCUCAGGGUGCCAUCUUCGCAGCACCGGCAACACAGGUUCCCGCGACAACUACGAUCGGUGAGGCGGUCUACCUGCCACCCAUCACGGCACCUGCGCAG